GAAGAUGGCUGCAGUCCAGCAGACGGGGAUGUGGUGAACGAGCCUGCAGAGGAACAACUCGCACUUUAACGACUUACCAAGCCCGGCAACACACUUAAAGCGACCUGUGGGCUCUGAUUAACCACCCAGAGGAGUAACAGCGGAGUAACCUUUAACCAGCGGAGCAGACAUGAGACUGGAGCUGUAAACCAGCAGGACCGAGGAUGAACAGGAAGAAGGAUAAAGGCUUCGAGAGCCCGCGACCCUUUAAGCUGACCCACCAGGCGGUUUGUAUCAACAACAUCAACUUCCAGAGGAAAUCUGUCAUAGGCUACGUGGAGCUGACCAUCUUCCCCACCGUGGUGAACCUGAACAGGAUCAAGCUCAACAGCAAACAGUGCCGCAUCUACAGAGUCCGAGUGAAUGAACUGGAAGCCCCGUUCAUUUACAAUGACCCCACGCUGGAGGUUUGCCACAACGAGUCCAAGCAGAGGAACCUCAACUAUUUCUCCAGCGCCUACACGGCAGCGGUCAGCGCUGUGGACCCCGACGCUGGGAACGGGGAGCUCGUCAUCAAAGUCCCCUCUGAACUCUGGAAGCAGGGAGAUGAUCUGAAAGUGCUGAAGGUCUACAUUGAAUUUUCCCUGGACCAGCCCAAAGGGGGUCUCCACUUCGUUGCUCCUGAUGUGGAGGGCAGCCUGGCCGAGAGAGGCGCUCACGUAUUCUCCUUCGGGUACCAGAACUCCACAAGGUUCUGGUUCCCCUGCGUGGACUCGUACUCAGAACUGUGUACGUGGAAGCUGGAGUUCACCGUGGACGCGUCCAUGGUGGCGGUGUCCUGCGGCGACCUGGUGGAAACCAUAUACACCCACGACAUGAGGAAAAAGACCUUCCAUUACGUGCUUCCCAUCCCCACUGCAGCUCCCAACAUCUCCCUGGCCGUGGGGCCGUUUGAGAUCCUCGUAGACCCCUACAUGCACGAGGUGACACAUUUCUGCCUGCCGCAGCUGCUGCCUCUCCUCAAACACUCCAUGUCCUACCUGCACGAGAUCUUUGAGUUCUACGAGGAGAUCCUGACGUGCCGCUAUCCUUACUCCUGUUUCAAGACCGUGUUUGUGGACGAGGCGUACGUUCAAGUGUCGUCCUACGCCUCCAUGAGCAUCUUCAGCACCAACCUGCUCCACAGCCCGACGGUCAUUGACCAGACGCCCCAGACCCGGCGCUGCCUGGCUCAGGCCUUGGCUCAGCAGUUCUUCGGCUGCUUCAUCUCCAGGAUGUCAUGGGCUGAUGAGUGGGUCCUGAAGGGAAUCUCUGGUUACAUCUACGGCCUCUACCUGAAGAAAACCUUUGGAGUGAACGAGUACCGGCACUGGUUCAGAGAGGAGAUGGACAGGAUUGUGGAGUAUGAGCUGAAGAUGGGAGGGGUUCUCCUGCACCCGGCGUUCAGCGGGUGCAAAGAGAAGGACAGUCCGACCCCCCACCUCCACUUCUCCAUCAAGCACCCCCACACCUUGUCCUGGGAGUACUACAAGAUGUUCCAGUGCAAAGCUCACCUGGUGAUGAGGCUGAUAGAGAACAGGAUCAGCAUGGAGUUCAUGUUGCAGGUUUUCAACAAGCUCCUGAGCCUGGCCAGCACAGCGUCGUCUCAGAAGUACCAGAGCCACAUGUGGAGCCAGAUGCUGCUGUCCACCUACGGCUUCCUCAAGUCCAUCUCCAACGUGUCGGGCAAAGACAUCGGCCCCCUCAUCAAGCAGUGGGUAGACCAGAGCGGUGUGGUGAAAUUCUACGGCAGUUUCGCUUUCAACAGGAAGAGGAACGUGCUGGAGCUGGAGAUCCGUCAGGACUAUACGUCCUCUGGAACCCAGAAAUAUGUGGGUCCCAUCAAGGUGACGGUACAAGAACUGGACGGGUCCUUCAACCACACCCUGCAGAUAGAAGAGAACAGCCUCAAGCACGACAUCCCCUGCCACUCCAAGAGCAGAAGAAAUAAGAAAAAGAAGAUACCUCUGAUGAAUGGAGAGGAAGUCGACAUGGAUUUAUCUGCAAUGGAUGCAGACUCUCCUCUCCUCUGGAUCCGAAUCGAUCCAGACAUGUCCAUUCUGAGGAAGGUGGAGUUUGAGCAGGCCGACUUCAUGUGGCAGUACCAGCUGCGUUUUGAGAGGGACGUGGUUGCACAGGAAGAAGCCAUCGCUGCACUGGAGAAGUUUCCCACUCCGGCCUCCAGACUGGCCCUGACUGACAUCCUGGAGCAGGAACAGUGUUUCUACAAAGUCCGCAUGCAGGCCUGCUUCUGCCUGGCCAAGAUAGCCAAUGCCAUGGUGAGUACCUGGCAGGGCCCGCCGGCCAUGAAGUCCCUGUUCACCAGAAUGUUCUGCUGCAAGAGCUGCCCCAACAUUGUCAAGACCAACAACUUCAUCAACUUCCAGAGCUACUUCCUGCAGAAGACGAUGCCGGUUGCCAUGGCAUUACUCCGGGAUGUGCAGAACCUCUGUCCCAAAGAUGUUCUCAACUUUAUACUUGACCUGAUCAAGUAUAAUGACAACAGGAAAAACAAAUUCUCAGAUAACUACUACCGUGCAGAGCUGAUCGAAGCGCUGACCAACUCUCUGACUCCAGCCAUCAGCAUCAGCAACGAAGUGCGGACCGUGGACAAUUUAAACGUUGACGUCCGUCUCAUCCUGGAGGAGCUCACGCGCUUCCUGAACAUGGAGAAGCUGCUGCCCAGCUUCAGGAACACCAUCACUGUUAGCUGCCUGAAGGGUAUCCGUCAGCUCCAGAAGAACGGCCAUAUUCCCAGCGACCCGUCGCUCUUCCGCUCUUAUGCUGAGUACGGACACUUUGUAGAUGUGCGUGUUGCUGCGCUGGAGGCUCUGGUGGACUACACUAGAGUUGAAAGAAGCUCAGCAGAGCUGCAGUGGCUUCUCAAGAUGGUGGAGAACGACCCAUCUCACUACGUCAGACAUAAGAUCUUGGGUAUUCUCUGCAAGAAUCCUCCGUUCACUAAGACAGCGGACUCGUCUCUGUGCAACGAGGCUCUGGUUGAUCAGCUCUGGAAACUUAUGAACUCAGGUACCUGCCAUGACUGGCGACUGCGCUGCAAUGCUGUAAAUCUCUACUACACAUUAUUCGGCCUCACUCGGCCCUCGUGCCUCCCACUGCCAGAGUUGGGCUUGGUGCUCAACCUGAAGGAGAAGAAAGCUGUCCUAAACCCCACCAUCAAGCCUGAGCUUGGAAUCGGUGCCAUCAUGGACUCCCCUGCCAGUAUCGGCAUCCACGGUGUGGGCAUGAGCUUCACCACUGUGGACGAGGAACCAGACCCCAUCUCCCUGGGGGUGUGUGGGGUCGGCCAGCCGCCUCUGGGCCUGAAGAGGAAGGCCGACACCCCGCUGGGCUCUCCUCCGGAGCCGGGACAGGUGCUGCAGCCGCAGCACCUGGAGGAUGAAGGAAGAGGAGGGGCGCGUUUCAAGAUCAGGUUCAACACUAUGGAAGAAGAAGAUAUUGAUAUGGAGACGGUUCAUGACAGCCAGGCCUUCAUUCACCACCAACUCAAUCUGCUGGAGAGGCCGUCCACACCAGGUAAAGAGCCUCCUCUAGUGGAGCAGGCCCUGCUGUCCCUGCCGGCCACGCCGGCCCCCUCCUUCUCUCUCUCCAAGGAGACCACGUCUUCGUCCUCCAAGCAUGGCGGGGACCACGGCCACCACCACCACCACCACCACCACGAGCACAAGAAGAAGAAGAAGAAGCACAAGCACAAACACAAGCACAAGCACAAGCACGACAGCAAGGACAAGGAGAAGGACCGGGACCGGGACAACUCCCACGCCUACAGCAACAGCCCGGCCAGCGGCCGGUCGCUGCGCUCGCCCUCCCUGUCCGACUGAUCCCUGGAGCCCCUAGGAUGGAAUAACGUCCUGAAAAUGUAAUAACGCCUGAAAAUGUCAUAACAUUUGCACUUAACUCAAUCAAAAAUUUUAUAAAAUCCAAUAAUGUAAUAAAAUAUCCUGCCGGAUAUUGUAAUUACAUUUUUACCAAUAAUGUAAUACCUUAUUACAUUAUUGGGAAUUUAUUACAUGGUACUCAAAGUCUGCAAUUUAACCCAAUAGUUAUUCUGGUGUUUCAAAUCCAGCGUAUAUAACAUUCUUAAAUACUUAAAACACAAAAUGUAGAACUCUGGACUGAAAAUGAACAUAUAUAUUACAUUAUCUGUCAAGUAUUACAUUAUCAGUAAAAAAAAAAACACCUGAUAAUGUAAUAAAUUCCCAAUAAUGUAAUAAGGUAUUACAUUAUCGGUAAAAAUGUUAUUACAAUAUCCGUCAGGAUAUUUUAUUACAUUAUUGGUGAACUUAUUACAUUAUUGGAUUUUAUUACAUUUUCAAUUGAGUUAAAUGCAAAUUUUAUUACAUUUUCAGGAAAUUAUGACAUUAUAGGGUGCUACAAUCCCACCUCCAGCCGCGGCUGGAACACUUUUCAGUACUCAAACUGUUUCCAUGUUGAACAGAACUCUUUACUUUUCGUUAUCCUGUAGAAUUAUAUAAGUUUUGUUGGAAAAAAAUGUGCCAGUAGUUUAAAUUCAGCCCUUAAACACUGGCUUCCUCAGCAGAUUCAGAAGUGCAUGUUGUUGUGAGUUGAGUGUGAAACGCCAUGAAGACGUCCUUACGUCCUCAACAACUGCACGUGUGGACACUCUGACAUCACUUCCUAUUCUGCAGCCACGUGCUUCUCCCUCCAGAGCUGUCAAAUCCACGGCAUGCCAGGAACUUGGAGGGCAAACGUGACGGUACUGUUGUGUUUUCGGGGGACCAGACGGGUUCAGAUCAAACCCAGGACUUGUACUGAUGUCACGUCUGAAACACAAGUGAUGUCUGUGGGGGUUUUUUUUGUUUAGCUUUUUUAAAUAUAUAUGUUUGUUUUACAGUUGUCAGUGAUUCAGUAAGCUUUUGUGCCAGCAAAUGUCGUAAUGAAAUGGAUUUCCAGCUCCACGAUGGCGUCGGUGGUCUGGUUCACUCUCUCAGUGCACGUGACUGACGUUCACCUGGCUGCUUUUAAAUCACAAGAUAAACAAUGAGAGUAUCAACAUUCAGGUAAUCAGAGGCAUCAUGACUGUAAUACGGAGCAUCAAAAACUGUUUUCUGAUGUAAACAAGCUUGUAUGUAUGUGGUUUUUACAUUAAAAAAAG